AUGCGUUUCGCCCCGGUCGUUUUGGCCCUGCCUGCCAUGGCAGCUGCCCAGCAGCAAGUUCCUCUUUUCGAGCAGGCCAAGGGCUGGUUCAAUAACUUCGUCGGCGCCGCUACCUCGAACGUCAACUCUGCCAGCUCGGCAGCAGCCUCGGCCGCAUCUGGCGUCCCCAAUCCCGUCCACGCCGCCGCUGGCCAGGUCGAGCAGCUUGCCGUUACCGACCUGACCAAGGAGAACUACAACCAGGUCCUGAAGCCUGGCGCCGCAACCGCCAGCCCCGGUAUUGAGGACUGGAUGAUUUACACCACUGGCGGCAACCGCACCUGCUUCGGCAUGUGUGCCCGCGCUGAUGUCGAGUGGUCCAAGGCUGUCUCGCUCCUCUCUGCUGUCCCCAGUGCNCCCCAGCUCGGUCGUCUGGACUGCGAGAAGGAGCCUCAGUUGUGCAAUGCAUGGGGUGCCGGUGCCCCCAGCGUCAUCUAUAUGCAGCUUCCUCAACCUCUCCCCGAUCAAACCACUCCUGCUACCACGGUCCACUUUAUCGCCUUGAACCGCACCACCGUUUCCGCUCAAGAUAUCGUUGAGAUUGCCACCGAGAAGGCCUUCAAGCAGCGUACUCCCUACGAGGGCUUCUUCCACCCCUUUGACGGUGUGCUUGCUAAGACUGGCCUUGGUAUUCCUUUCGGUUGGGUCGUCUACGGUUUCUCCGUCAUGCCCAGCUGGGCUUUGAUGAUUGGCAUUUCCUUCUUCUCCAGAACCUUCAUCAAGAGAAUGGGUCCCCAGGGUGGUGCUGCCGCCAGACCCGCCGCCGCUGCCCCUGCCGGUCGCACUCAGUAA